AUGGGUGUCUGUGAUAUUUAUCUCAAACACAGUCUGUCUUUAUUCUUUUCCUCUUUUAAUCUCUCUCUCUCUUUCUCUCUCUCUCCUUUACUCUCUCUCUCUUUUGCUUUCUUUUUCACUCUCACAUUGCUAUCUCGCUCUCUUGCUUUCUUUUGCUUUUUCUCUCUCUCGCUUUCUUGUUCUUUCUCUUUCUUUCACCCUCUUUUGCUUGCUUACUUUCUUUUUCACUUUCACAUUGCUUUCUCGCUCUCUCUCUCUCUCCAUCUUUUUGCUUUCUCUCUCUCUUGCCUUUUCUCUCUCUCUCUCUUGCCUUUUAUCUCUCUCUCUCUCUCUUUCAGUCUUAUUAAUCCAAAUUUUUGUUUCUCCAUCAUCCCCACCUCUUGUCUUUGUUUCACUUUCCUCCUUCGUGCCUUCGUUUCUCCUUCCUCACCCACACCUUGUCUUUGUCUCCUUCCUCAUUCUUCUUUGUUUCUCCUUUCUCCCCCACCCUUGUCUUUCUUUCUUCUCCCCCACCACAUGACUUUGUUUCUCUUUCCUCUGCCACCCCUUGUUUUUGUUUCUCUUUCCUCCCUCUUGUCUUUGUUUCUCCUACUUCCUUAUCUUUGUUUCUCUUUCCUCUCCCACCCCUUAUCUUUGUUUCUCCUUCCUCCUUGUCUUUGUUUUUCCUCCCUCCUUCUGGUCUUUGUUUCUCUUUUCUCCACCACCCCUUGUCUUUGUUUCUCUUUCCUCCUCCUCCUCCUUGUCUUUGUUUCUCCUCCUCCUUGUCUUUGUUUCUCCUCCUUCUUGUCUUUGUUUCUCCUCCUUCUUGUCUUUGUUUCUCUUUCCUCUGCCACAUGUUGUCAUUGUUUCUCCUACUUGUCUUUGUUUCUCCUUCCUCCUCCGCUUUGUAUUUGUUUCUCCUUCUUGUCUUUAUUUCUCCUUUCUUCCCCUACCCCUUGUCUUUAUUUCUCCUUCCUCCUUGUCAUUAUUGCUCAUUCCUACUCCUACCCUUGUUGUUUCUCCUUCCUCCUUCUGGUCUUUGUUUCUCUUUCCUUCCCCGCCCCUUUUCUUCGUUCCUCUUUCAUCCUUCCUUUUGUUUUUCCUUCCUCACUGCCUCUGUCCUAA